ACAUAUAUAAAUGCAGCGAGCGAGUCAUGCUUCUCAUAAUCAUCGAAGAAUUAUCGUAACCAAGGUGUAGAGGCUCCUCUUCAACCGCUAAUUACUUUCUCUUCUGUUCCGUUUUCCUUUCUUCGUUCGUCUCAGCAUGAAGAGAAGCAGUAGCGGUGUGAAGGCAGGCCACAGCAGCAGGAGCGAUGGUGGCCACGUGUCUGCUAAAAAGCAGGCAGUGCUCCCGGGCAAGCAGGCAAAGCAUGGUGGCAAGCAGGAUCUUCUGCUUGCUUACCAAAGGACGGUUUUCACUGCUCUGUUCUUAGGCUAUGCUUGUUACACCUACAACAGGAAGAGCGUCUCUUAUGCGCUGCCCACUCUGCUCGCUUCCGGUCUGGUCACUACUUCGUCAGUAGGAAUCAUCAGCAGCUGUCAGAACACCGCUUACGCCAUCAGCAAAUUUCUCGGAGGUGUGCUGUCAGACAAAAUCAGCGCCCGACUUCUGUUUUCUGUUGGUUUGGGAAUGAGCGGCGGCACCGCUCUCCUAUUCUCCAGAACGGAAAAUCUCUACAUUUGGGCUCUUCUCUGGUUCCUCAACGGGUUCGCUCAGGGAGCCGGCUGGCCUGCCUGUGCCAAGCUCCUGAAGAAGUGGUUCAGUCCAGCCAACUUUGGAACCUGGUGGAGCGUGUUGACAGCCAGCAGCAAUGUGUCCGGAACUGUGUCACCUUUACUGUCCGCAUACGUCAUCGUCAACCAUGGAUGGGGCGCUUCUCUGAUUUUGGCCGGUCUUGUGUCAGUCAUCAUGGCCGGCUUGACCUUGGUUGCACUCGUCGACGACCCAGCUCUUGUCCACUUGCCUGACCCGACAGCAGAGGUCGUCGGUUCACCCAGGCCUUCCUCACCCAAGAAAGACAGACAGAACGGUAACGGCAAUAAAAAUAACAACAACAACAGCAGCACCAACAACCAGAUGACGGUGGGCGAACUGGCGGCUUCUCCUUUCUUGUGGAUCGUUUGUCUCUGUUACAUGGUCGUGUUCUGCUCCAAGACAGCUGUUUCAGAUUGGGGCCAGAUCUACCUCAUGGAAGAGCUUGGAAGGACGCAGAUGCAAGCGAGUCAGUUCACAAGCGCCAUGGAGACCGGUGGCUUUUUCGGAGGAAUUCUUGCUGGGAUUGUCACUGACAGAAUCGCCUCAAAGUCUCAUUCUGAGAGGAAGCUCAAGAUUCGAGGUAACCCCAGACUAAUCGUGGCCUCUGUGUUUAUGUUGGCCUGCGCUGUUGGUCUUCAUCUACUUAAUUACAUCUUGACCAUCAGCACCUCUCAGAUAUUCGUCUCGUCCGUCGGAUUCCUCCUUGGUGCCAGCAUGUUCGGCCCGAUCUCCAUCUACGGCAUCGUUGCGUCCGAGUCUUUCCCCGCUCACCUUUCCGGCACUGCACAUGCUGUAGUGGCUCUCGCGGCUAACGUGGGUGCUGUUGUGGCUGGCUGGCCCCUGAGCUGGGUUGCGAAAACUUUCUCCUGGUCUGGCGUCUUUUUGCUGCUGGAGACCUUGGCCGCUGCCUCCAUUGUCCUCAUCGUGUUCACGAGAAGAUUACACCUGACGGCUAAACAAAAGAAAGCGUAAUUAUCUGUCUUGGGGAAACGAACCGGGAUCUUUUGCCAAGCGAAAACUUUUUCCUGCUCAGGGAUGUUGUUUGAGAUUCGCUGCGAGACUUCUGUUUUUGGCGUCUGAGAACAGGUUUAAUUUUAUAUAUAUGAUAUAU